AUGUACAAUGUCAUGAUUGUAUCAAUAACACAAGUGUCCCCAUACUUGAACCGUCAAGUGUCCCCAUACUUGAACCGUCAAGUGUCCCCAUACUUGAACCGUCAAGUGUCCCCAUACUUGAACCGUCAAGUGUCCCCAUACUUGAACCGUCAAGUGUCCCCAUACUUGAACCGUCAAGUGUCCCCAUACUUGAACCGUCAAGUGUCCCCAUACUUGAACCGUCAAGUGUCCCCAUACUUGAACCGUCAAGUGUCCCCAUACUUGAACCGUCAAGUGUCCCCAUACUUGAACCGUCAAGUGUCCCCAUACUUGAACCGUCAAGUGUCCCCAUACUUGAACCGUCAAGUGUCCCCAUACUUGAACCGUCAAGUGUCCCCAUACUUGAACCGUCAAGUGUCCCCAUACUUGAACCGUCAAGUGUCCCCAUACUUGAACCGUCAAGUGUCCCCAUACUUGAACCGUCAAGUGUCCCCAUACUUGAACCGUCAAGUGUCCCCAUACUUGAACCGUCAAGUGUCCCCAUACUUGAACCGUCAAGUGUCCCCAUACUUGAACCGUCAAGUGUCCCCAUACUUGAACCGUCAAGUGUCCCCAUACUUGAACCGUCAAGUGUCCCCAUACUUGAACCGUCAAGUGUCCCCAUACUUGAACCGUCAAGUGUCCCCAUACUUGAACCGUCAAGUGUCCCCAUACUUGAACCGUCAAGUGUCCCCAUACUUGAACCGUCAAGUGUCCCCAUACUUGAACCGUCAAGUGUCCCCAUACUUGAACCGUCAAGUGUCCCCAUACUUGAACCGUCAAGUGUCCCCAUACUUGAACCGUCAAGUGUCCCCAUACUUGAACCGUCAAGUGUCCCCAUACUUGAACCGUCAAGUGUCCCCAUACUUGAACCGUCAAGUGUCCCCAUACUUGAACCGUCAAGUGUCCCCAUACUUGAACCGUCAAGUGUCCCCAUACUUGAACCGUCAAGUGUCCCCAUACUUGAACCGUCAAGUGUCCCCAUACUUGAACCGUCAAGUGUCCCCAUACUUGAACCGUCAAGUGUCCCCAUACUUGAACCGUCGGUUCAUGCAGCAGGUAGGAGGGGCACUCAAAUCAUCAGUCAAAUGUGAUGAGUUUUGCCUGUGGAUGCACAAGUACAUGUAG